AUGGCGAAGCAGUUAGAAAUCAAUGUCAUCGCGGCUCGUGGUCUAGCCCAAGUCUCGAAACUUAUGAAAACAUAUGUGGUUGCAUGGAUCGAUCCAAACGAGAAGCUCACUACAUCGAUUGACCACAAUGGAAAUACCAAUCCCACAUGGAAUUAUCGUUUCAUAUUUCGCUCCGAAGACAUGUCUCUUUCUUCCGAUCAUUCCACCGUAACCUUUGAGAUAUAUAACAUCUCGUUUCUACGUGACAUACCUAUUGGUGUAGUUUGUGUGCCUAUCAAUAGCCUUGUAUCUUAUACCAAUACCAAUAGGAUGGAAAAUGAAAAUGUUAUUAUUCCUCUCCCAAUCCAAAGCACAUAUGGUAUUUUUCAAGGCACACUUUACAUUGAUAUCAAUUUCAUUGACCUAAACAUUAUCAACAUUGAUUCUCCUUUAAGAUCCAACGAUCUAGACGAAGAAAAAGCUCAAAAUAAGGAUGGGAACAAGAAAUCGGGACGUGAAGUGACUAAGAAAAAAUCUAUAAAAAGGCUCAUAUCAUGGAGGUCUAAAAGCGAUAAAUCUAUGUCUAAGCACUCGGAAUCAUCACUACGAACCGCUUCAAGUUCAAUAUUUAGUGGACCAAUAUUUGGUGGGUUAAGAUUUAUGAGGGCAUGGUCUAAGAAAACUAGCGAGGCUAGAUCGCCAACCUCAUUCGUCGUAAGUCCAUUGCCAACCGAUGUGGCGUCGAAAUUGGGAAAGGGUUGGUAUUCAUCAUCAUCAUCAAUUGGUAGUUCUAUUCUAGAGAAUUGGACAUUGUUAGGCGAUAGAGGAGAAGAAGAUACCAUUAUUGAGACUCGAGAUGAUCAAUGGAGGCCUAAGAAGUUUUCGAAAGAAAACAAACGAAAACCUCAUAAGAACUCCUCAUCCAAAGGUGGACAAGGAUUGCUUUCGUGUUUUGGGAACUUGUGUGGGUAUGAUUGCAAUAUUAUUUGCGGGUCAGGCAAGGGAAAAAAGAAGAAGAGAAAAAGCUAA